GGAAGUCAGAGAGCGUUCUUUAAGAGUCGCGCUACUUGGAUGCUAGUCACACUUCGAAAGCCUGUAUUCCUGUUUCUGUGGCAUUUUGCGUUCUUUAUUUCUAUCAACAGGGUAAAAUUACGAUAUUAUUAAUUAUGUACACCUUUAACUGAUAAAAGCUGUAAAUAAAUGUUCUGUUCGCUGUCAUAAAAUGAAAACGAUUGUGGAAGUAAAAACACUGCAAAUAAUUACCACUCACAACGAAGAUUGUAUCAAAGUGCGUAAUCGUAGAAAGUUAUCGCACAGUGAGAGAAACGGAGUGACCCGGAGUUUCUUUGACCGCGAAUUUUAAGCUUCGGGCUACCAAUAUCAACAAUCCCUUUGGGAAAUUUCGGAUAAAUUCUGGAAAGAAUCCCAUACCUGAGUAAAUCUAAGGCUACAUUUUUACAAAAAAUUCUCAAUGGGACUGCCCUCGAACUUAUCCUUGAUCACUAAGUUAGGAUUAGAGCUUGAAAAUUAAAAUGACCAUUCGACAUACAUGUUUUAGUCUGUCAAUUCGCCUGCUAGACUUAACAAAUCUUAGUCAGAGAUAAAGCAUAUAGUUCUCGUGGUCAGAUCGUGAGUCCCAUGCUCCUGGAAACCAGUACAUAAUAUACUUGUUUUCUCCAUAUUAACAAUAGUUCUAUGGAAAUUAAUGAACUAAAUCUAAGGAGUAAUAUAAAUACACAAGUUAGCGAUUAGCAGCUUCCUAACUGAACAUUAAUGUAGGAUCGUCAAAAUCAUUCUGUGAACAUUAAGAGUUGAAACAUUUAGUGUUUUCAGUAUUUCGGGAAUGCUAGAUUAAGUAUUGUACCAAAGAACAUUAGUAGAGAGGUCAUUUUUAAAUUUAGAAUUAUCGUUUCUCGAUUCCCCUUAAUCCAGUUUAUAGUUCGAUUGGACUAGUUUAUUUGCACUAUACUAAUGUUACGCAAACCUUUGCUGAAAUAGUGAAUGGUACUUUCCUUGGAGAAAAUAUGCUAAACGGUACUUAUGCUGUCAGUCACAAUCGCAUAUAAACUUCUUGUGAAGACUUGUAAUGAUUGACAGAAAAUGUGUUAACUUUUGCUAUAAAUAUCUCGAUAAAGUUGUGCGUCUUUGCCAACAACCAAAGUUGAGCUUGAAAGCCAGUCCACCUUAUAUUUUGGAUACGAUUCCGGAUAUAUAUGAAAAGUUACAAAGAAUAAUUGCAAAUUACGAAGAAAAUUAUGAUGUACUCUCUGAAAUAGAAUACUUUCAAAUAUAUAUUUCGACCUUGAUUGAGAAAUCCAAGCAAACUAUUAGUCUUUUCAAAAAUUCCAAAGAGAAAAUUUUCGAUAUCAACUCAGAUGCACGGUUUCGUCUGAUUAAGUUGUCGCUAGUAUAUUCACAUCUGCUAAACGAUUUGGAAGCCCUCUUCCCACAUGAUACUUUCGACUCUAAGGGUUUCCGUAUAACAAAACCUGAUGCAGCUCGAUGGUGGUUGAGCAAUUUUGGGGAUAGUGUAGUUGUUUCUUGGCAAUUAUUCAAAGAUUCGUUAAUUCAAACAUUCAGGAUAGACUCUGAUACUCAACUGCUGGCUCUCCAAACGACUAUAGACAUAACUUGUAAUGACUAUGUAUCCAUUUUUGAGUUCGAUGUAUUUACUAGAUUGUUUCAACCGUGGAACAAUAUACUGGAAACCUGGAAAGCAUUAGCCAUCCUCCAUCCCGGUUACAUGGCGUUCAUGACGUAUGAUCAAGUUAAAGGUGUUCUCAAACGCUACUGCUUUUACCCUGGUCCAGGAACAUACAUUUUUCGAUUAUCAUGUACUAAACUGGGUCAGUGGGCUAUCGGAUAUAUUACACAGGAACUAAAAAUCGUACAAACUAUAAUACAAAAUAAAUCCCUGGCACAAGCGUUGGUCGAUGGAGAAAGAGAGGGAUUCUAUUUAUAUCCAAACGGGAAACCCAGUCCUAGCACAUUGUUGUACUAUUUAACAAAUAAUCUACUCCAAGUUCACUUACAAGUAACAAAGGAACAGUAUCAGCUUUACUGUGAAAUGGGUUCAACCUUCGAAUUAUGUAAGAUUUGUGAUGAAAAUAAUAAAGAUACGCGACUCGAACCCUGUGGUCAUUUGAUUUGCAAGAAUUGCUUACUUAAUUGUCAAUCCACAAGCAAUGGCUUAACAUGUCCGUUUUGCCGCCUGGUAAUAAAAGGGACUGAAGAUAUUAUCGUUGAUCCUUACAAACCAUCAAGCGACUCUGGUAAACUAAGUUUUCAUCCCAGCGAGCCUGUCGUAAUUUAUGAUCAAACAGCAUCCCUUCAUGAGAUAGCUGACAAGCCUUCAGGAUUGGCUUCGUGUUCUGUCGGUGCCUUGUGUAACAGAAAAAGUCUCACACCAGACCCUCUAUCUGCGGGGCCACCACCUAUACCGCCAAGGAACUUUUAUCUGACAUCUACCAUAGAUAAUACCGUAAAUUACAACAACGAACUUCAAGCUAGUUGUCACACUUCUUCGACAAACUACGGACUCGAGAUUUCCACACGUCCUGAUUCUCAUGAAAACAUCCGAUUCGCAAAUCCCGACUCAUCUGUUAAAAAUGAUACACUCUUACGCUCGCUCAGUGAGCGUAAUGAAGAUAGAUGCUUAUGCUCUCAAGGGAGCAACUCUCUGUUUCCAGCACAAGUUAUGCCCCGGAUAGAUACUGGGAGUUUAGAUCAUACAAUGGAUUUAAAUUACGCUCAGUUAGAUUUAAACAAGUCAGAUUCUGAUGAUGAAUUGGAGGUUGGUUUAGCCUUUGAUGAAAAAGACGACAUACGAGACCAGCAAGAUGAUAUCAAGCCAUCUGCGCAACAGAACAUAAGUGCAAACCCAGAUCUCAUUUGUGAAUCGUUAUCGAAUGAUAAGAACCACACGGACUGCUCUUCAGAUAAUUUGUCUAACAAGAAUACGAUCCCCUCCGGUAUGUCACAUUGUGAUCUCAUCAAAUGCCAAACAAGAUCUGUGGAUGAAAAUGUGAGAGAAUUAAUUAGUUUGCACCCUGAAAUGACUGAAGCAACAGCCACGCUAUUACUCACUUUAACGGAAAACCGUCUACAUAUUUCAUAUGAAAUAUGGAAGCACUUUAUGCCUCGUGUUUAGAAAGACGUGUAAGCACUUAUUUUCAGUAAUAUAAAUAAUGCUAUUUUGCUCAGAGAUAAUUUAUUAGGCUUAAUGUUACAAUUAUUUUAUACUUUCUUAUUUUUGAUUUUACUUAUGUUGGUAAUAAUUAUUGUCCUGCAGAGUUCGACUAGAUUUUAGGUAGGGUCACCAAAUUUUCGUGCUUUCAAGUUAGUACUGAUAACAAUGACUACCUAAACUUUUUCUAUAUCGUAUAAUUUUUCCUAAAAUCUCAUUUUAACAACGAAUGAAUGUAUGGUAUUCUACUGAUAGUGUAAAAUAUACUCGGCUUGACUUUCAAAUUUGUCUUUUUAUCCCAAAGAACAUAGUGCAAAUAAAAUCCUUCCAUGUGAUUAAAUCUGAUUAGAUAUGAGGGCGUCAUCGAGAAUUAUCCAGAUUUUCCAAUUAUUUUAAGGGUCUACACUGAUUAGAAAAGUAAAUUAGUACUAACAACUAGCUGGAGACGUACGUCCAAUAGUAUUUCCUGUCAACUGCUUCCAAACACCUAACACAUCAACAUAACGCACGUGAUAUCGAAUCAUUUACACUAGUGGCCAUACUGCGACUUGAUCGGUAGAAUUCCAUCAACACGAUAGGACUGAACAAAUGUGACGAUGACCACUAUUCAGUGACCAAUCGAUUGUAUGUUUGAAAAUCUAACGUAAUUGCUAAUCCCGAAUGCCUUGGUACGGCCGAGAG